GGGACACGUGAGAGCGAUUUGCCGCCGAGGUGUUGGGUUGGUCGAGAACUCAACAAACCCGUCCGGUCCGUGAUGGCGUUGUUGCGGCAGUCGUGCCGUGGAUCGUCCAUCGGAUCAGUGUGCCCAAUCUGCGGUUGGUUGUGCGUGCCGUUGAUACUUCCUUGCUGCCGUGUGCUACCACUAGAUCAACGCGUGAAGAAUGAAUCCGGUGCUGUGUGACUUCAUUGCCGGUUCCUUCGGUGGUGCCUGCGGUCUGCUGGUGGGUCAUCCGAUGGACACAAUUAAGGCAUGGCAGCAGAACUCUAACUACGGCAUGGGCAGCGCUAUGUACAACAUCAUCAUACGCAACAACGGUCUGCGAGGCUUCUACCGUGGAAUGUACUUCCCGCUUCUUUCCAAUGGUGCUCUCAACUCGGUCGUCUUUGCCGUCUACGGUUCCCAUUUGCGCUAUCUGCAGAAGCAAUUCUCAUUUCCACUACACCGCAUAUUUCAGCACACGUUCGGAUAGGCUGCGAAAGGCGUACUGGAGGAAGCAUGUGUUUUUCGCCGGUUCUAUGGCCGGUCUAGCGCAAGUGUUUCUGGCCUGCCCGAUCGAAGUGGUAAAGGUGCGACUUCAGACACUAUCCUUCAUUGGACAUCCCUGGGCCUGCCUGAAGGACAUCUUCCGGCGCGAGGGCUUCUCGGGGAUUUACCGCGGCAUUACGCCGAUGAUGUUCCGGGACGUGCUGCCGUACGGUGUGUACAUGUAUGUGUACGAGUACAUGCUAGAGAUUGAGGAACGAUUGCACCGGCUCAGCAAGGAGCGGCUUACUGGUGUCCCGGUCGGUGGCGCACUGCAGGCAUCGUUGAUCGCAACGGCCGGGGCCGUCGCCGGCGUUGCCUCGUGGAUGUUUAUCGUACCGUUCGACGUCGUUAAGACGGUAAUGCAGGCAGAGACGGACCCGACCGUACACAAGAGCAUGAUGCACUGUUUCCGAUCGAUGAUAAAGAAACAUGGGUGGCGUUCGCUGUUCCGUGGCAGUUUGGUUAUCAUCGCCCGUGCUGCACCGGUCAAUUCGGCCACCUUUCUCGGUUACGAGUACUGUUUGGAAAAGUGUCAACACCUUUUGGAUGAAAAGUGAAUUGCUGCUACUUUUAAUGAAUGCGUGUGGAUUCGUAAGACGGAGUCGGAUGUCCCACAUCCGGUAUAAAACCUGCUCGAAGCAAUGAAGGAGAGGUAAAUGAUUGGAACAAUCUCGUGCAGGAUGUGUACAGCUUGUAGAAACUUAUAAUUUUUAGAUUAUGUACAAUAUGUUACGUUUAAAAUCAAUCAAAGUAUGUUAAGUAUUCGCAAUAAGAAAAUAUAUAAAUAUUAAAGAAAAAAA